UGACCGAAGAGUUCAAAAAGAGGUUUGGAACUAGGUUCGGAGCGCCACUAGUUGCAGAAUUUCAUCUUGACGAAAAUCGUUUGAGUUUUCCCUCCGUCCUUUCAAGUUUAAAUCGGCAGUGAAUGGAGGAAGCUUCUGCCAUCUUCCAUGAUUCCGUUGCUACCACUGCUGGUCAAAUAGCAAAGAGAGGAAAAAUGUUGAAGCGAGAUUCUGUUUCUGUUGGAGCUGCUCACAAGAGAAUUCUGGGUGAUAUAACCAACACGGACCAACAACUACAACCAAAGCACCACCCUGAACCACCACUUGCUCCACCUGCUACUGAUGCAUCUAUUGACGACCUUCGCAGGGAAAAUGCUGGUUUGAUUCAGCUACUAGCUCACAGAAAUGCCAUUAUAGAAUCGUGUAAAGCUGAGCUGCAAAAGUUUAGAAGCAAUUUUCAGAUACUUCGAAAGCAGAAUUCAGAACUUGCACUUACAAAUAGUCUUAUGAUGGCGGAGCUUAAUUCAUGUAAACAGAGGAUGAGAGAGCUUCAGCUUGAAAUAGGAAGCAAAAAUGGUAUACUCAAAGCUAUGAAAUUAGAAUUACUGGCGAAAGAUCACAAAGCAAACGUGAAGUGUGACAUUGAUCCCGACGAGAGUAAGCAGUCAGAUCAGAAGUUUCAAAAAGAUAACAGGGGAGCAGCGAAAAGGAAGAGAGUGUGCAAAUCCCAAUCUUCUGCACCUGCUGUUGUUAAACAAGUCAAAUCAGUACCGAAUGAAGACUUAAUUGAGGUAGACAAAGUCAAAUAUGAUGCCUCACAUCUACGAGAAAAUUUGGCAAAUGAGAACGCAUCAACAUCAUUAGGAUCCAAAGUUCAUGAUGUAGCUAGAGAAGAUACUGAACCCUCAGAACCUACUAACCCUGAAAAAGUUCAUGCCAAAAAGAAUAUUGAAAAGAGGCUUAGUUUGAGAAGGCAAUCUGCCAGGUUCAAAGAUGAGGACAUCUUUAAUUUAGACGAUGCAAAAUUUAAAGUCUCCAAUUUAUGUGAUAGUUUGUCAGAAAAAAGUCUUCCGACAGCAGCAAACGCAGAAAACAAUGCAUGUGUUCAGGAACUACGAAGAUCAUCUAUUGGUCGGCCUUUGCGUCAAUCUACCGUGAAGAUUACUUCGUAUAAGGAAAUUCCAAUUAACGUGAAGAUGCGCAGAAGCUAGCUGAUUGAGUCCGAGGUUAUUUUCCUACAGUAAUUAGUUUUGGGACAACUUAAUUUCCUCUAUUGCAUUGUGUUGUAUAAUCCAAAUCUUAACUAGUGACAAGAGCAUGGUAGUUGUUCCAUUUUGUAUGUCUGGAAUUUAAAUCCUGAUUGGAGGUGAGUCAAGGGAGCCAAUUUUAAGUGUAUAUUAAUACUUUUUAAUUACUUUUAUAUGGAAAUUAUGUAUUCUAAAUUUCUCCUAUUUGGAAGGAAAAUAUAAUUAGCCAAA